GUCAACCCAACAUGGCUGACCUUGUGCGGUGGUCCGUUCCAUAUCGGCCGUCGACUAUGACGUUUUUCCUCUAGGUUCACCGGGAAGAAAACAAUCUGAUGAGUUUCGGGACGUAGGUAGAGCGACUUUAAAUAUGUCGCUGGGAGCCUUUGGAUGGGUGGGGUUGGCCAUAGUUCUUUUCUGGUCAACAUUUGGAUUUUGGGCCUGCUUUUUACUUCCACUCUGCAUUUUCGUAACUAUCUUAGGCAUCAUAUUUAUGGGCUACUUGAUGGAGUACCAGCAGCAGCUAGAGCCAUCCUAUGACCCUGUUCUACCACACAUUCCAGAAAACCACUGUGUCAAAGGCCUACCCCAAAUUACAACAGCCAUUCUAAAGCCACCGAAGAAGACUCGUUUCGUAAGGUAUUUGACCGGGCAUCCAGCCAUAGAUGACCCAUUAUCAGAGGUAUUGAACUACAUUCUCCGUGACUACGUGUACAACUGGUAUCUUGACCUCUCAAAUGAUGAGGCUUUCACGGACCACAUUCGUGACCUUGUUCAUCAAGUUAUUGUCAAUCUAUCAAUGAGGGCCAAAAAUGUGGAUUGGGUCCAGUACCUCACCAUUCAGCUAGUCGAUGAUUUUGCAUCCCAUCUACGUCUCUUUCGCCAAGCGCAGUCUAGGCUAAAGCAUAAGAAAGACGAUGAUUUUGGAGGGAAAAGCCAAGAUUUGCUUACGCUGUUCUUCAGUUUAGAAACCACCAUGGAGCGUAGCAUGUGUCGUGAUCUAGUCUGCAUUUCAAAAGAGCGAGAAUUGGAGUACCUCCAACAAGUCGGAGAAGUGCUUCUUUACUUGGUUCUGCCGCCAGAAGACUUCCAAAACAAAGUCAUGAGGAUAUUCCUAAGAGAGCUUCUUGUGAACACAGUGCUGCUGCCUGUGAUAGACCUUGUCUCAGACCCCGACUAUGUUAAUCAAACCAUUGUCUGGAUGUGUUCUAACAACAUUCCCACAAGUGACGAGUUCCUGACUGUAUUGAAGUGCACUGACAACAUUAGUGAGCUGGAAGCUGUGAAAGAAAUCGUCCUCCAGGAAAUUGCCAUUCAACGCUCAAAAGACACUGGAGGCAACGACGGUAAGAACAUUACUAUCAUUAUGCAAAUUGACUGGAAGAAGCUGACUGCUCCAGGAGUGGAGUUAUUUCAAUUGCCAUUUGAUGUUGUCCUGGCCAACAACAUUGCAUUAUCAUAUUUCAUGGAGUACAUGACCAGUAUUGGCGCACAAAAAUACAUUUCAUUCUACCUCCAUGCUGAGGGUUUCAAAGUGUCAGCGGAACAGCUCCUAAGCCUAGCCCAUACUGAAGAUAGAAACACAAAUCUUGAAUCUCUCAGGGAAGCUGCAGCGAACAUUUACAACACAUACAUCUCCGAGACGGCCACAUCAAGGAUCAACGUUGAUGAAGUACUGGCUAAGAAGCUGCUUCGCAAACUUCGAGUGGAGACACCGGAUGAGUUCUGGUUUGAUGAUAUCCAGCAGAAGGUGGCCCAGAUCAUGCAGGAGGAGCAACAUUUUCCUAGUUUCAUGAAGUCCGAGGGCUACAUCAAGUUGCUAGCUGAGCUUGACCUCCUAAAGGAUUUCGGGUCCAAGUCGGAUGAAGAAGAUUCCUUCAGUGGAGCCAAGUCCGCAGGGAGUGGGGAUGACUGUGGCAGUCUCAACUCCCUGGAACCGGAGGAAGAGCCUAUUGAGUUUCUCAACAAGGAGAUGCCCUCGGCACCACCUGACCCUGCCGUCAACAACAAGACAGCAGAGUUCCUGCUGAUUGCCAGCAUAUACAACACAGGAAUAGUGCGGGAGUCCAGCACGGCUUAUGCUCUCUAUGCAAUAUCCGUGACACGCCGUGAGCCGCAGAGCACGGAAGAACGUUGGUGCGUCUUCAGGAGGUACAGCGACUUUGACGACUUCCAUAUUCUUGUCUUAGAAAAGUUUCCAAAGUUGUCCAAGUUGCCUUUCCCUGGAAAGAAGACCUUUAACAACCUUAGUCGCCAGUUCUUAGAGCAGCGGCGAUCACAGCUGAACGAGUUCUUGCAGCAGAUCCUGCAGCCUGAUGUCCUAACGGCUAAUCCAGGUCUGCGCGACAUGGUGUUGCAUUUUCUUGAGCCAGGAACCUAUGAAAAGGGAAAAAAGCAGUUCGCAAGAACAAUGGGCUCUCUAGUCAAUCCACUCAAGUCGUCGGUGCGAAGCAUGGGCACGAUGGUCAAAAACGCCCCUGAGAACCUGCUGGAUGGUCUGCGCGAAAGCUUCACCAAGGUGUUGCGCAGUCGACCCACCGCUUCACCCGCGGAAGUCAUCCAGGGCAGUGGGAAAGUGGGUGCUGGCAUCGAUGUUGAGACACAAGACAACAUUCCUCUGAGAAUUAUGCUGCUGCUUAUGGACGAAGUGUUUGAUCUAAAAAGCAAGAACCAAUGGCUUAGGCGACGAAUUGUGGUCAUUCUAAGGCAAAUAAUCAAAGCCACAUUUGGAGACACCAUAAACAGAAAAAUUGUCGACUAUGUAGAGUGGAUGGCAUCUACUGAAAAAAUCGCUGUAUACAUCACAGCAUUCAAGGACGCCCUGUGGCCGAAUGGCUUUCCGGCUGAGACGCGACCAGAGAGGGACCAGAACACCAAGAUGAGAACGAGGGUGGCAGCCAAGAUGAUCAUGCUGUGCAGCCUCACAGACGAGCUGAAGCACAUCAUCGGUAGCGACACGACGCGGCGAGGUAUGCUGUGCGUGUUUGAGAUGUUCCAGCACGCACGGCUCAAUCGGAGGCUCACCUAUGUCCUGCUGGAGGGCUUCCUGGCCACCCUGUUCCCCAACAACCGCUUCAUCGAGCUGUUCCGAAAGAUGCACGCCGAGUCGCCCACCAUAUCAACCACCUCGCUGUCUUCCACAUCCAGCCGGGAUGUCAUCAGCAUCGGCGCUAGGCGCAUCGAGGUGCGGUGACGUCUGUCCCAUGUCACUGCACGUCGGUCGACGUCAUCAGUUGUUACUCUCUACGUCCCUCGUUUCCUCAAAAGCUCUUUUCCCUUCCACCCAUGUCUCUGUUGCUCAUUUCAUAUCACCGUAUCUUUUGUUUGUUUGUUUGUUUUUCCUUCUGAUGUGACGUCCAUGUUGGCAAGCAGGGAAGCCGUCUUUACCCUGCCAUGCAAGCUUGGAUUGAAUUUUGUGAUAGCUCGCGUGCAUCUUUUGCAGCGAGCCUUAAAUGUGAAUUCGCCUGGGUGCGAGAUCUUGCCUCCAUUCUUACGAUGCUGCAGAAUGACAAACGUGCCUGGCACUUCGUUGUCUCGCAAACAUUGGCAAUAGUGUAGUCACGGAUAUUGCUGGAUCUGUGAACAGUCAAGAGUCAACAUUGAUGCAUCACCUCUAAUUUUUUUUUUUGACACUUAAAAGUAUAAAUCACAGUCCUCUCGUUAAUUUUUCUCCCCGUGAUGAUCUAAGACCAACUUGUAUCGUGAAAGACUGUUAGCGAUGGACUCCAAGACUUUUCAGCAUGUUCCAGAACUUGAUGGUUUCUACGAGAACAGUGCAUAAGUUUUUUUCUUAUACCAAAGUUUUUAUCCUACUACCAGAGUUUCUUUAUCUCCUUUUUUUUAACAUCAUUUACACUGUUGCUGCUCUCUUUGUGGGUUAAAUAGUUUAACUGAUAGUCUGGAGCACGUUGUAUAGACCUAGUUAUGUGCAGCUCCUUUUGCUCCCAAGGUGAUAUUUUGGAGGAAACCUGGCUCUGACGUGUCCGUCAUCACCAUGUCAGGUUUGUCGCAUAACGCAUGCAUGUUUUCGUCAUUUAGGCACUGUACAGUUAUUCUGCACCCUCCGCCAUUCUCUCUUGUUUUUUUGGAAUCGUUUAUAUCACCUCAAAGUUGUGCAUCCCAUGUUCCAGAUAAUCGUUUUUGCGACUGAUGUUCGGGAGUGCGAAUGCUCUCAAAACACGAAAUUUUCUGUAUUAUACAUUUUAUAUAUAUAUAUGUACACGCCUGUGCGACUGAUAUAUACCACAUUUUUUUUAUUCACUAUGCUGGAUAAGAAAUUAAAGUAUAUAUACAUAUUUUCUUGUAAUUUAUGUUCAGCUUACUUUAUUUUUUUCCCCUCGGUAUCAUGUUUGACAUGCAAACAGGAGUAAACUAAGAAAUGACGCCGGUAUUGUUCAUGAAGCUACUCAUUUCUCAAAGGUGUCGAUGAUCUCACCAAAGUACUACAGUGUGUUUCACCAAGAUUUAUGGUGAGUGGAAGAACGAAAUGAUUGUGGUCGUGUGCAACUUUUCUUUAAUGUAAUAGCAUUCAUGGUAAACCAUUUAACAAAACUGAGCAAUGGUAUUUCCUCAAUAUUGCUGCUGCCUUGCAGAGCUUUGUUUCCUGAUCAGAUGUUGAGGCAACUGUCUGCUGUCUUUUGAUGAUCAUUGCUUCAAAGCCCUGGAAAGUCGAUUCAGAAUAGUACCAUACAUGUCAUAACUUGUUGUUGCUACCCGUUCAGUUAUGUUAGUCCCAACAGCUUGCAAGGGGGUGUUGUGAUAAGGUUUUCUGAAGUAGGCAAAGGAAAGCUAAAAUUUCCUUGUAGAUACGAUGCACCAGCCUCUGUCGUCACUAUCACCCUCUCAGACUUCACAAAUUUUUACUUUGUUGGUUAAACUUAACCCAUGCUUAUGAAUAGUACUCGCACCGCGCGUUGGUAUGUUUUAGUUGGUGGAAUGGGAACACUUGAAUGAUUAAUACAGCCCAGGUAGUUUCUAUUCAAACCAAGUCUUGAACUGUAACAAGCAGUCGUUAAAAUUCAAUCGUACUUAUCUCGCUUAAAUAGUCUUCUUUGCAUGAACUUCUGGUGCAAUUCAAUUUAUUCUUUCGUGACGACACCGACAACACUAACCUGAACAAUCUCUCAAAUGAUGCAGAGUCGAAUGAGCUGAGCCGUUCGUUGAGGAAGCAUGGUGUUGACAAUAUUGAGAGAAAUGUGUCGAACAUACUUCCCACACACGUUUUUAUGGUCACAUUACGGAAAUCUUUUCAGUCAUUCCAGUCACAUAAGAGUUUUUCAAAACAUGUGUGCGUUGCCUGUUUUAAACAGGAAAUUAGAGGUACUAAAAUCACGAGAGAGUGUUUGAACAUGCUUGGCUGUGUUAAAGUUGCCCUCAAUCAAUUUCCAGUGACUGACAAGCGUCGUUGUCUGGCAGGUUUGGCAGCCCACAUUCUGCUGCUCUUAACACGGCACACACAUUCUCGGGCUAGUAUGGGGCUAGUAUGGAAACUUGUUCCUCGGGGACAUCACACAUAACAAGGCUGCAAGGUCUCGGAGUUUCACAUACGGGUUUUUCUGUCAUUAAAGGUGUUGUUGUCUCCUGUUGUGAGAAUGCUGUGACUGCAUUUGAAAUAUGAAUUGCUGGCAAUGCCAGCAGUUCUGCUCAAUAUAAAGUCCUUGCAAGUAAUGGAGAUGGAGCACAAUUCAUGCGAGUGCAUGGCUACAGGCCCAUAUCAGCCGUACGUGGUGUCCCAGCUUACAUUUGUGCAAAAAAGAAUGGUGCAAGCUGUUGAACUCCUAAUGGUACCGCUGGCAGAGUUCACUCACAUGAAGAUUAUCCGUUCACUGUGAUAAUGCUAUUAAACAUGCUUCUUCUCCCCCGAAUGGGCAAGAUUUCAGUCACAGUGCCAGAAACUGUGGCAGUUACAUAUUUUUGAGUGAACAGACUAAUGCAUUCCUAAGCAUGAUUUUAAAUAUGAUGGUAAACCAUAUUGCAAAGCCAACCAGCACUAGGAUCAUUUGGUAAAAGCGGGGUUAGGGGGGUGGGGCAUGAGUACUUGUACUUCUCAUGAGUGCAAGAAAGCACUUAAUUACUGGUCAUGGAGAUGGGGGGAGUAAAUUUUAGGAAUGAGCUCUAGCCUCUUCCCUCUUUCACUACACUGUAGACUAACUCUUGCCAACUAAACACCAUUGCUAUGGCUACAUGUUUUCAUCAGAAAAGUCUUUGCCAAUUCGUUAUAUAUGCCCGUAUUAGUAUUAUAUCAUUCUUUAUUUCUAUUAGUAUUAUACCAUUAAUCUUUCUAAUAGCGAAGGACAGCUUACAGGUCUCCAACCUCCGUCUUGACUAUUUCUGGAAAGACGGUUGUCGCUGACAGUACCUCUGAGGAAACAUUGUGUCAUUCAUGAAACUUAUCAGAUUAAUUAUCUAAUUAGAAUAUUGCACAGAUUUUACCUAGGCACCAUGAGCUCAUAGGAUGUUGUUCUUGAUCAUGUAAUACAGUGACUUUUAACUCUUAAUGCUGACUUUAUUCUCUGCUUAAGAACCACUGUGGUAAUUGCUGAGGAACCUCUGUUCCUUAGCGAUUACAUGCAGUACAAUGGAUAAUGUCUUCUACCACCAGGCUUACCACAAACAGCUCAUGCUUUUCCAAUGGACAGACGCUGCAAAACUUGGUAGAAACAGGGUGGCAGUUUAGCUGCGUACCUAUUUGGAAAAUUUGAAGGCUUUCUUGCCUCUUAAGCCAGUUUGGCUUUGUUAAGGGCAUUCAGUGCGGGUAGUCCAAUUGUAACAGCUAUGUCUAUCAAAAGUGACUGCGUGAGCAAGACAAAUUUAGCAAGUGUCCCACUGUAUUCAACUUGAGUGUGGGGUGCAAUGUUGAUAGGCAACGAACACAAUAGGAACGGAAAUUAAGCAAUGAGAAGCUUUAACACUUUUCAUUGAUACUAGGCAUGCUUAGGCAAGGAAAAUAGAAACAGUUUAGGGACCACCAAAAGGUUCCUGCUGUCAGGACAUUGCUUUGCGCAGGUGAUAAAAGUACCUAUAGGCUAUUACCAUAAGUACUUUACAAGGCAUAAGCUACAAUAAAGUUUUAAUCAUUAUGAUGUUAUCAUUGUUGUUAGGUAGGAAAGACAAAUGCCUAUUAUAAUUUUAAGGUCACAUUUCUGUGCCUUAAAUUUUUAGACUGCAUCAAGCCAGGCUUCACUCGCCAACUUUAUCUAAUUACUGCAGCUGUGCUUUCAGUACCAGUGUCAGGUGGGCACUCUCACUUGCGAUCGAACCUAAUCAAAAUUGAACUUGUCAAUUGUGCUUGGCUAUCCUGCACAAGCUGCAAAAUGGAGCCAGUAGCUGUUGCAGCAAUCAACCCUGAUUAGUCGAUCAUGGGUUACACUUUUCCACUUAGAUGUGCAGCUGUCCUUUUCUUGGAGCUGCAAAGUUAUUUGCUUCAGUGAAAUCAUAGACAUGGGAUGAUUUUAUUGUGUCGUGUCUAAGAUGUGGAAUAGGCCAGACAAAUUUGGCCCAAAAAGGUAUAAUAGUACACUUGAACGGCGAUGGGUAUGCUGAGAAGGAAAAUUCGGAAUUGAUAUGGUGUCGUGAGCCUAGUAGGAAUUAUUUCCCUGUUUCAUUUUCCAAAAACGUGAAUCACAGCUCAUUACAAGAGGUAGUCAUUGUACAUUCUAUCUGUUGGCCACCUAUGUUCAGUGGGCAGACUUUUCAUUGGACAAGUGCAGUAUAGUGUACUGCGUCUAGCAUUUUCUCUUGCCAUUUUUCUUUUUUGAUAUCGCAGUGAAAUUUAUAUAUAAUAUGCUAGGUCAGAGCCAUACUGUCAAUAAAAAUUCAGUUAUGCAUCUUGUGUUUAAAGAGAUGCGAGUGAUUUCCGUGCUUGAUACUACUUUUCAUGCACCUGUCAGGUGAACAUGUAAAAUCGAAAUAAUGCAACUAAGCUGCACAGUAAACAUUUGCGGCCACAUGUUCAGUUAACAGCUGUCAGGCAUGUAUCGCUUUCAGUGCAUGUAGGUUGACGAAGUCCGUAGAUGUCACGAAAGUAGCGGCAUGCUUUGCGUCGAGGUUACUCGGCUAGUUUCGUCAUCGCAUAACGAUGCCUUUUGCUUCGUCAAUAUAUCGCAGUUGAUGUUGCAUCAUAGGAAAUUGAAUGUCUCUUAGAAAGUUGCCGAUCGAGACUUCACAUGGUCCAAGUAGUUUAGUAUGCGAUGUGACGAACCAUGCAUUUAACAUGCAUUGUGCUGCACACAACAGAUGUGUUGAUUGUACAGGGUCAACCAUAAUUUGAAAUCUAAUGCUGAUUAUCCGAAAUCACUAGUUUGUAAAUGCUAACAUUGGGCAUUUAUCAGUUUCUGUAAACAUACAGUGAAAUAAGUUAGAACUAUGAAGUUUAAAAAAGAAUGAUUUUUUUUUUCGUUCCUUUUCUUGUGGUAUGUAUAGUCUGACAGUUCAACUGUUUCACUGUACGCUUGUAAAAGCUGAAGAUAUAUAUGUCUGUGCCGUUAUUCUUUAGGACACAUCAUCAGCACUUUGCAGAUUCACCACAACCCAUGGCCAUUGUUGCAUUAUAAUAAUUCUGUUGGUACGUGGCAAUUUAACGGGUAGUAGCCUUCAAACUAUUCAAUUCCAGCUCAAAAUUAUCAUUUUUUAGAUAGCUGUGAACUCUGUGAUCAUAUUACGGGGCCUCAGUUCCUUAAACAUGCUACGAGAUAUUUUUUUUUCAAACGACAUAUGAGCACAUCUGCCAAGUAUAGGGAAUCUGGGAGGUCUCAACUUUACAUAGCCACUUCAAGAUGGAAUUCGCGUGAUAUCGGAAGCUUCCUGUAAAUGUAUCAGUCGCUCUAGAUGCACAAUGGUUGCAAGCUAGUGUGAGACUGUCACAUUAUGUGGUGAGGCAUAUGCUGCCACAUCCAUCAUUCUUAAAUUUGUGUUUGUGCUCUGAUGUCAUUUUUCUAUAAAUACACGAUACCGUAACGCUCAACUGGCCUUGUGCCCAGUGUUCCUAAUAAUCUCGGGUGGCAUGUUAUGACCAUUUUACAGUGCCGAUCUAAUAAUGUGUAAACAGUUUCUGACGAUACACAAUCACAGUCUGAAGUUUGCUAGACAUAGAUACGAGACACCUUGGCACAUGUUGAUGUAAUAGAGUGUGUCCCCACUUGGCUCAUGUUUUAAACCGGUAACUGUAAACUAACACCUACUUAAUGUAUAAUUAGUAUUUUUUUUUUGCUUUCAAGAAAUUGGGACCCCUGUGCUGUGAUUACUGAGUGAGCAGCUACCCGAUAAAGUGAAAAUUUUGGCGCACCUUUUGAAGCAUAAAAAGAAACAUUAUUUGCUGGGAAGCAUGGCCGCUAAGCUUCUAAUCUUAAUGUCUUAAUCUUAAUGGUAGUCUGAAAGCAUGUGCACUUAUUAUUAUUGCACUGUUGUCCUCACUUAAAGUAUAAAUGUUGCUUUUACACUAAACUUGCACCUUAUACAAAAUUGGUGCUGACUAGUAGAUUAUCCUACUUUGUCUGUCUUGAUUAAGGCGAAUUCUGUGUUCCCAUUUGUGUGUCUGCAGCAGCCAUUUAUGUGUGAACUCAUUCAAAACUCCUGGCACCUACUUCAAGGAACAGCUUGAAUAAAAAAACCAAAUGCCUUUUUGCCUAAAAUUAAUCUACAGUGAUCAAAACAAUGGUUAUUACUACAGCCCACAAUUAGGCAAGCGGUUUUGUCUUCAUCAAGCCAUCAUCUGGGCCCGUUGUCUUGUCAUGCAUAAUAGUUUUUAUGGAAGUCAUGGUCAGACUUCGGAGAGCAUUGAUGGCUGUGGAAUCUAAGUGAAUACAAGCAAAACGUAGUGUCGUAGGAACUUUUGCUGAAAGUUAGCACCUUUGGUAUCACUCGCAUUCAUCUUCCAUUCUCCGCAUCUCUCAUAAAAAAUGUCACUUCCUUUCUUCUACAUUCUACAUUCUGUUCAGUAAGUGAUGUUCCAAAUCAGCAUGAUGGCUUAUUGUGGGGAUAGUCAGACUACAGCGAGCUGUGAUCAGUUCUGUCUGCGGUAUUUUCUAAAGCAAUCGACCUUGAUUUUUUCUUGUAUGGGUGUAUAUGUGUCCGUUUUUUUUUUUUUUUUUGCUUCCUUGAGGUAGGGCGCUUCGAAGCAUUGUGUUUACCACUGUGCCGCUCUUGUACUAUACUGUAUUAUAUUUUUCUAGCUGUGCGUGCCUUUUUUUCUUUUUAAUUGAAAUUUUAGUCGCACGCUGGAACGUGUGAUUGGUAGGUCAAGUUGCAAAUGAAGUGACACAUGAAAACCUGCGAUGCUCCGCAUGCCAAGAACUGUCUUUGCACAAAGACUACGGGAUUCCCAUUUAUAUGGUGUCCUUGUGAAUAAAAAUAAUGGAAACGAGCA